CCAAACAGGAGUGCUUUGUUUCCUUUGGAGGGAAGUUUAAUCAAAAUAGACGUACUAUAUAUUACUGUCGUGAUAUUGUUCUCUGGAAUGUAAGCGAAACUUACCUUUAAUUUUGCUUUUGUAAAUGAGACACAUGGCACUUUUAUUACGCAGCCAAAUCAGCGUAGUGUUUCAUUCCGAACGAAACUAUAGUAGGCCAGAUUCUAUUAGCUUAGCUUGCUAGCUGCGAUCUCGACGAUGCUGGUGUAGCGCCAAGAUGCUAAUAACCGAGAAUACUGUCGAUAAAUGGUGAACAAAUGAUGUCGUCAUGAAUCGAAAGCAUAGGAGGCUGGAGAGUCAACUGUGUGCAGCUGUGAAGAAUGGCGAACCAAGAUAUGUGGAGCUACUUCUGUCCCAGGGUGCAAUCCCUGACUUGGUGGGGACAAAGGGGGUAGCUGCAAUCCACUUGGGUGUGGGCCAAGAGACUGAAAAGAACCUUAGAUGCUUGAAACUACUAUUGCAACAUGGAGCUGACCCAAAUGUUAGAUCGUCAGACGGCCUCACCCCCCUUCACAUCGCUGCCCUUUGGGGAUGUUAUCAAAAUCUGAAGCUGCUUUUGACCAAUGGCGGAGACCCCAACAUAAAAGAUAACGAAGGAAAUACACCAGUGGUGCUUGCAGAGCUCGAGGAGAAUAAAAAAUGUGCUCAGCUUCUACAGGAGUACCUCACCAGCUCUGGGAGCACAGAAGAAGACUUGCCUCAUUUCAAAUACUCUGUAUAUUCCGACAACACAGACACGUCCGGCUAUCCUGAGUCUGACUACAGUUUCACUUCCUACUCCUCGAUAAGUGACCUUGGUGAAGCCCCUUUAAGCAGCACAAGGCGGUCAUCGUUUUUCAACCUUUCCAACAUAAAUGGGAGACCUACGUGCAAAGGAAUAUUGUCGAACAGACCCUCUGAUGUGUACACUGAAAAGCAACAUAAUCCACACUGGAACACUUCCUUACCCUGGGCAUCUGAAGGUGCCUCCCUGUUAUCAAGUACUCGCAUGUCUGCAGCGGGACCCACACUUCCAGUUCCAAAGGAUAACGAUUUGAUUGCUACUGAUGUGUUCUCUUCAGAGGAAAACAUACCCACUGCUACAACUGAUGGACAAAAUUUGCCCGCUACACACUGCACUCUCCCCGCAUUCCUGUCCAGAGGAGCGAGUCGGAAGAGUGUCAGCUUCCGUGAUGUCGAUGAGUAUUUUCCGGUUUUUAGUCCUGAAUCUCCAAAACAGACACCAGCUGUUGACGGUAGCCAGGAUAAUGACAACCUAUCUUUCGACCUGUCCGAGUACUCUGACUUUCUCGAUUCAAAUCGUUUGGCUACUGUUUUACACACGCAGGGCAUAGAUGUCACGUCGCCAGAUCAUGUCUUUGUAUUCUGCCGGGAGAGUAGUGAAAGCACAGAUGAGGACUUGGAGAAAACUGUCAUCAGUCAUUAUGCUUUGGAAGAGAGUGGUUGUGAAAAGGUGGACGGGGGUAUAAAAGAAGCUCAAGGGACCAUUCCAGAACAGCCAACACACCCUAGUGGGGCCAGCAGUAGCAGUGGAGGCAGCAGUAGUAAUUACAGCAGUUGCGAAAGUGACCAUUACACCAGCGCACUGGAUAUUUCCGUGCACCCAAAACAACUGUCUCUAUCUGCUAAAACCGAUGGAGCUCAAAGUGAACCUCGGGUUGACACUUGUAAGUUUGCUCAAAGUGAACCUCGGGUUGACACUUGUAAGAUUGAUGCACUGAGCUUGGAUGAGGAUAACCAUCCAAACACAGGCUUGUUUAAGGCUUGCGCUGAUCUUGGAGUAAUGACUUCCAGUGAAGAAGAUCAGCCAUUGGAGAACAAUACAUGUCAUCCAGCUGAAGGCCAAGAACUUCCAUUUAUACUAAGUCCAUUUGUAACAGGCAGGACACGAUCAAGGCAGAGUCGCUGCUCGCAUAGAACAAGCAGUAACCCCGAGAGCCUCUGCACGUCUUCCCUGUUUGACGAGAGUCUCCCUACACCGUUGCGAACGCAACGCCUGACUCCCAGAUCUCAGAAAAGUAACAACUCGUAUAGUUCACCACGGGUUCCAUGCUGCACACCAAACAAUUCAGAGAAUAGCACCGGACCAGAGUCUGUGUCUGGAGACUACCAAAACACUCAGUCCAGUUCCUUCAGUGCAGGUUCAUGUGUGAGCUCGAGUCAAGCUGAUACGCUCAUCCUCACAAAGAGAGACGGUGACACAGUUGUUGGCUCACAGACCUUUUUUGACACGGUUAUCUUGGAGGAAGACAAUGAGUCCUCGAUGGUUUUCUAUGAAAGAAACCUUGCAGAGGUCAUUCAGGCCAUCCAACAGCAAAAGCUGGAACUUUCCGAAGGCAGGGAUUUUUUGACUGAUGAUGUGACAAAUUCAGAUGAGGCAACAAAGAAGGCAAAUGGAGCCCCUAAUGAAGGUUGCCAACAAAAGGAAGAUGUCUGGAUGACGGAGGACGCUAGUUCUCAGCCAGAAUCUGUUUCAUCUUCAUCCAGUUCAAGCUAUUUUUCCCCAAGGAGGUCCAGGGAAGACUCCGACCUCCCGUGCACUCCGGGCACCGGAUGCACUCCCAGGUACAGCAUGAGCCGGCUAUCGAGUCAUCGCCUGUCACAGCACCUGGCCAACCUGUCCUACACCCCUGGAGGGCGCCCACAUAUUGACGAUGUUGAUGAACCAGUAGAGUACCUCUAUACCGACACAGAACAAGGCCACAAACUGAUUGAGACCCACAUUCCGCCUACGGCUAACACUUCACUCAGUUCCAGCAUGAGCACCACAAGCAGCGAGGAGACUAUACUCUAUGACUGGCGCUCCAUGCAGCUCAAGAACAGAGAGGGUAAGGAGAACCAGAAACCACAGAAGCCACCCCAAAACAAGAAAACCGAAGAGGCUGAGCGCAGCACGUUACUUGAAACCGAAGGGAUGACAGACAAGGAGCUGAGACGUAGGCUCAAGGAGCUCGGGGAGAGUCCGGGCCCUAUUAGCCAGCGAACCAGGCCAGUCUACAUUCGGAAGCUGUGCUACCUGCUGCAGGAGUCCAAUUCUAAACCAUCACAGCACCAAGAUCAAGUAGAAAAGCAACAAACAGCACAUUUAGGUUAUAGCCCAGAACUAAACUUGGCCCUGCAGAAUUUCAAGGUGCCUGUCUGCCAGGUUGACGAGCAGGCUUUGUGCCAACAGUUUGACCAACCAGAUCAGAACAGAAAGUGGAGAGAAGGCAUCAUCAAGUCCAGCUUCAACUACCUGCUGCUCGACCCAAGGGUGACAAAAAAUCUUCCAUUCCGGAGUCAAACUAUAACCCCACAGGAAUGCUUCCAGACAUUUGUUCGUGCUAUCUUUUAUGUGGGCAAAGGAAAACGCUCCCGCCCUUACAGCCAUCUUUACGAGGCUUUGGAGUAUUACAGAGGAGACAAAACCUCGAAGAAACUGUGCCCCAAAGUUCAGCAAAUUCUUCAAGUAUGGAACGCAGAGCAGGGGGUCAUCUCUCUGCAUUGCUUCCAGAACGUCAUUCCAGUGGAAGCUUACACGAGAGAGGCCUGCAUGGUGGAGGCCAUCGGGUUGAAGAUGCUCACCAACCUGAAGCGGGGCGAUUUCUACGGUGUGGUGUCAAACUGGCAGCUGAAGAGAAAGCGUGAGCUGGGCGUCCACCUGCUCUACAGGGCCAUGCAGAUAUUUCUGGCUGAAGGUGAGAGACAGCUGCGACCAGCAGACAUCAGACAGUAAAACAAACAAACAAAAAAAGAAUCUUCAUACAAAGCUCACAUUCAAUUUAUAUUUGGGACCAAGUUUGAGUUUGAUGAUUGUAUGGACAUAUGGACACUCUACUUGUAAGCUUUAUUUGGUCCGGCACACAUUCAUCGGACAUCUUUGUUUUGCUACCAAUGUAUGAAUAGUGCAUGUGGUCGGGGUAAAGUGGGAAAAUCUGCUUCCAGAUAACUUUUUCCUUCAAUGAGAUGGUUUUAUUCCAAAAUACUGCUUCUGUCUUACUUUUAUACUGAAAUAUCUCUGCAGCAUUAUUACAUAAGUUAGGGUCUCAUAACAUGAAGUCAAGCACUGAUUAAGUAGAUUUCUAAUUUAAGUUCAAGUACACACAGGCAUUCUUUUUAUCCUAAUUAGUAAACAUGCAUAUGCAUGACUCGGCUUUGUAAAUCUCAAUCAUGCAAGCAGACACGCAUGCAGUAGCCUUGGUUCCACUCCCAUAAUUAGCCAAAUAUGGACAUAGACACACACUCAAUUAGCAGUCGCUUGUUAGAAUGCUGCCCGUUCUGCCAACCAUUUCACUAAUUAUGUACUAUGGGCAAGGUUCUCAAACAAUUCAAGAGCAGAUGUCAUCAGCUUAUUCACGCAACAUUAAUUCAUUACGUACAACCAAAAAUAGAGUACAAUUACUGCAGAACGUCGUCAUUAGCUUGAAACACUAACAUCAGCACCGUCACCACAAGUCCCAUCUAAGGAUGGAAAGCGUGGAAUGAAUUAUUCAUUCACUGACAGCAAUAUUGUCAUUAUACAGUAUUAUCAUCAACUAAUUGUCGGGGAUGCUUAGUUUGUUUCAUCAUGUUUCAUAAUUGAAGUCAAUAUUUUUGAUGUGUUUAUUACAGGCUAGCGGCUACUUAGCAUCAGAUUUAAUUAUUUGUUUUUAAAAAAAAAAAAGGUUAAAAUGUGAAAUGACUUUACAUGAUUUGACUUGUUUGUAUGCUGUUCUAUUAUGAUUUGUCUUGAAAGAAAAUUCAGGUAAGCUCCCACUCAACUAUCAGAACCUCCAGGAUUUUGUGAUGUUGCGAUUGCGGCAAUUCACACAACAUUUGAAUUAUGCUCAACUUUGUACAAUUCCCGCAACUUCCCCGCACAUUUUGGCCAGUCAUCAUCAUUUUCGCCAGUCCAGUGUGUCCCUGAGCAGGGCUCAAAAGCGCACGUCAACUGUCUAAUCAAAUGUGUCCCCGCAUGGCCCACCCACAUCCUCACUUUCUUCUUUACAUUGACAGAGAUGUGGACGUGUGAUGAUAAUCUCUCAUUGACCACCAAAAAUCACCGCUAUAGCUCGCGCUCAACCGUUCCCCAGUGUUCUCAACAAAAGCAUUGGUAAACCAAGGAAAGUUUAUGAUCGACAGGCACUUCUCCUCUGUAAAACAUACAGAGAAUAUAUGCAACCUGUGGAGACUUUGGUCGUGUAUGUUUUCCAAACUAUGCACGCAUUUGUGUGAAUUGCGUGUGUGGGGGAAAAAUGCCAGCAGAUGGAACACACUCUGGUUAGCUACUGAAACUGAUGGUUAAGAGAUGCAGGUGUAAACACACUGAUCCACACUGAGCCAUAUCAUAUUAUUCUUGUUAAUAACAUUGGGCUAGCAAAGCCAUCCAAUCAUAAAUCAAAAAAGUUCUUACCAUUAAUGCGACUUCUGGUGCUGCAUGGUUUUGCACCGUACUCCGUAUCUUUCUUUUCGCCAUCUUCUUCGUCAAAAGGGUUUGCUCUGUAGAAUUAGCUAGCUAACUAUUUGAUUAAAGGAGGGAAGUUUACUUCUUGACAUCUCAAUGACCCGGGCAGGCUACUGCAUUAUCCAGUAGUCGAGUUUGGUAUCUGACCUGGAAAAAAUGGGAAGGACAGCUGGCAUCGGCUCUGGCCAGCCGCAUUGCGGUAGAAAAUGGAUGGGUGGAUUAAAAUGCAUAAGAAAGUUUUCUAUUUCAAAUGCUUUUUUUAACACUGAUUUCUGCAAUAUUUUACUUAAAAAUUCCAGCGAAAAAUAAUUUGAAUACAUUUUAUCGUGUUAAGAAAUGUCUGAGAGCCAGAUGCAGUCAUCAAAAGAGCCAAAUCUGGCUCCCGAGCCAUAGGUUCCCUACCGCUGUACUAACGGUACACUUUACGAAUAAAGAAUAUAUUGAAAAUGACCUUAAUAGGCAUACGUGCGUAUACAGUAUCAACCGGUUUCAUUACAGUGCAUCUUUUCUAGGGAGAAUACUAGAAAUUAAGAUUGGACAUACUGUACAUAGAGUAGUCAGUGUACGACUGGUAGAGAAAGUGUUAUUUCUAUAGUAAUGUCCCUUGAGAGUAUUUGCAUUGUUUCGUCAUCAUCAGCAUAAAUAAUUUUUAAUUGGGAACGUUUUUCUUUUAUAGUUUUCUCUUGUGAAGGCAGAGAUAUUAUUAUUAGUCUUCUCCUUACAGGAAUGCAGGAGUACUUUGUUGUAGCUGAAUAAAGCUUAUUUUGCACAGUUUUGUGUGACAUGUUGGUAAGAUGUCAGUCUUUCUGUUCUUUAUAUUUUGUUCAUUAGUUAUUUUUCUUCAACACAUCUCUUGACUUCAAAUAAAGUAUAUUUUGUUAGGUUUGCUGAAAUAUUGUGUUUUUUGGGGUUAAAAUCUAAAAUAUUAACAAAUUCAUAAGAUCACAAGCUAUUGCAAUGUUCUUGGGAAAAAAAUGUAAGCCUCAAAACUUGGUGACUUUGUGACAAAGCUGCCGCAAAAUCAGGCAUUUUAGGCCGCAACAAUCACCAAAAAAGCACACACAAUCCUGGAGGGACUGAAUUAGACAUGAUCAGGUUUGUACAACACUGUGUCGUUAUUGUGUGAACGUAUUUGUAUGGUUUAUUUGUUUCAGACAUGCUUAAUAAGUUAUAUUAAUGAGCAUCAUGUGGUUACACGUCUUAAAAGGAGUAGGAAGAAGCAGAGCUAAAUCCUAGGUCACAAUCGGACAUACAACUUUUUUGGCCAUGCGUUUUGGCGUUCCCAAAAUCGCUGCUUUUUUUUUUUUUUGUUCCUGGAGGACCACGAAGGAGUAAGAUCACCGCGUACCCAACGUGCAACCUGUCGAACGUGCGUACCACACAGGAAAUCUGAGGCUGCUCAGACGUACGGCUGUCGCUUCAUUUGUAGGUUGUAAGGCCAAUGUCUGUCUAACUUGCGAUAAACGUACUGACUGUGCGUUCCAUGCAGGAUUCGUAUGGAUGUUGCAAGAACUGCGCACGAUCUGUAUGUUAUGCAUACCAACAACUUUCUUUUGUUGCACAGCUUACUCUGCGAUCGGGGCGGAAUAUAUGUAUGUAUAUAAAUAUACAUACAUAUAUGUAUGUAUAUUCUUGCUCAAGACCUACGUCAUUUCCUCCUCAGCAAUUUUUUAAUCACAGAGCCUUUGUGAUGUUGUGUCGUGAUUUAUUUUUUUACAUUUAUAAACAUAAAUGUCAGUUACCAUACUUAAUAUGUGUAAUAUAUUGUGUUUUUUCUUUAAUGACGUAUAUUAAAAGUCUUCACCAGCAUGUAGAUCGUCUUUAUUCAUCGUACCUCACGGAGCACAUGCACAGAUGCACCAGAGGCGUAUACGUCAUAUCCAUUCACGGAAAUAAUAUGCAUUGCAACAGGAAUCAACAUAUUUUAUAAAUAUACAGUACAUACAGUGGUGUGAAAAACUGGGAAAAAAAAAAUGUUUCUAGAGCUUUGGGACUCCAGCAAACCACAGUGAGAGCCACAAAUGGCCAAAACAUGGAACAGUGGUGAACCAGAGUUUCAAGACCAAAACCCCUGCUGAACAAAAAGAACAUUAAGGCUGGUCUCAAUUUACAAAUCUGUGGUCUGAUGAGACAAAAGUUGAACUUUCUGGAAGGUGUGUGUGAUUACAUCUGGUAUAAAGUAACACCACAUUUCAGAAAAAGAUCAUCAUACCAACAGUAAAAUAUGGUGGUGGUAGUGUGAUGGUCUGGGGCUGUUUUGCUGCUUCAACACCUGGAAGACUUGCUGUGAUAAAUGGAAGCAUGAAUUCUCCAUCUGUUGGUGACGUUAAGCUGAAACCAACUUGGGUUCUGCAGCAGGACAAUGAUCCAAAACACACCAGCAAGUCCACCUCUGAAUGGCUGAAGAAAAACAAAAUGAAGACUUUGGAGUGGCCUAGUCAAAGUCCUGACCUGAAUCCUAUUGAGAUGCUGUGACAUGACCUUAAAAAGGUGCUUCAUGCUGGAAAACCCUCCAAUGUGGCUGAAUGACAACAAUUCUGCAAAGAUGAGUGGGCCAAAAUUCCUCCACAGCGCUGUAAGAGACUCAUUGCAAGUUAUCACAAACGCUUGAUUGCAGUUGUUGCUGCUAAGGGUGGCCCAACCAGUUAUUAGGUUUAGUGGGCAAUCACUUUUUCACACAAGGCCAUGUAGGUUUGGAUUCGUUUUGCUUCUUAAUAAUAAGUUUAAUUUAAAAACUGCAUUUUGUGUUCAGUUGUGUUGUCAUUUAAAUUUGAUGAUCUGAAAUAUUUAAGUGUGACAAACAUGCAACAAAAUAAUACAUCAGGAAGGGUGCACUUUUUCACACCACUGUAUGUAUCACGAUAGAAACAUAGCAAACAGGAAAAAACAAAUAUACAUGAAUAAAUGCAAAUACAGAUACUAUAAAACAAAGCAUAAAAUGCCGCACAGUGUGUACAAAUGACGUAGGCACCCCUGCAGUUUUAUGUAACGGGGUUUUUGUGCAAUUGAUGCACUCUCGCUGGACAGACAACACACGGCCGGCUUACUCGACACGCAUGGAGAGGGUACAAAAUAUCUGAACGGGGACUAAUUACGCUGUAUGUGUGUCGUGCGCCCCACAUACGGCGUCCGCAACUGCGACAUACAAAAAAAAUUUAUAUUUUUCCCAAACCUGACACCAGCAAAACAUACGAAAGACACAUGUUGGCCGUACGGGUGUCACACGAGGACGUACUAAAUGUGUUAGUUUGUUUUGCAAACGGAAAAAAAAAACAUAAGCGCCCCUAGCAUUUGAUUGACUUGACAAAGAACCACUGCGGCCAGUCUAUGGCUCGAAAAUCAGCACGUCACACGGGCGCCCUCUACGAAUUUCUUGUGUUUUUUGCAUGUAGACCGGCCGUGGGAGCCUCUGCGAUCGGUUGUGACCGAGGCUUUAUUUAAGCCUACCUUUUCUCCAUGUCUAUUACUGAUCAUUCAUUCUAAAAACAACAUUUAACUGCAUUAAUUGUAGCAGAGUACGCUGAUGAAGGCUGAGCUAAACAAUUAUUUUGUACUACAUUGAUGGAACAUUUUCAAAAUGAUUUUGUAGUGUCAGCAAAAAGACAAAUGAACCCUCGCUGCUUUUUAAAUUAGUCACAAGCAGCUUUCUUUUCAUGUGACUAUGAAUUGUUGUUUUAUGUUUGUUGUUUUAUCAUUUAAUUUGUAUAAAGGAAA